UUGGAAUAAUUUGACCAAGUAAAGUUUUCCUUGUAGCUUUUAAUGGUGUCUAUAGAACAGCACCACAAAACUGGCCUGCCUACUCUUUUAAGAAAUUGUGCGUACGCAAAAACUUACGGAAAUAUUGGAGUUACGCUUACGUAAGUUAGUAAAACGGGGCCCAGAUGGACUGGUUGUAAAAUUACAAUGAGUGAUUUCUCAAACUGCUGACUGUCAUCCAAUGGAUCAAGUCCCGGGCAAGAAACUCCAGGUAGAUGCCUCUGCCCUGGAGGCGACCUACUGCCAACCCUGCUCCCACGAUGGGGAAACCCUCCCAGCCGAGGCCUACUGUACUGUUUGCAAGGAGUUUAUGUGCAUUAACUGCAUAAGUGUCCACAAGAAAAUAAGAAUGACAAAGUCCCAUACACUUCUUGACAAGAGCAGCAUGCCUUCUACUAUGCAAGAUUUUACAACCAAAGAAGAGAGCACAAAACCUUGUGACAUUCACCCUGAAGAAUGUAUCAAAUACUUCUGUCCGACCCAUCAAGCACUUAACUGCGGACAUUGUUCGGUACUUGAUCAUCAAUCUUGUAAACAGCAGAUCAUUUCUGAAAUUGCUAAAGCCUUCAAAGACGGCCAGAGUUAUGAAGGCAUCAAACAGGUUAUUGUCAAACUACUGAAGGACAUUGAUGCCUGUGCAUCUGAUGUUGAAGCGAACACUAAGCUCAUAAAAGACCUUGGAGAACGCGAGAUUGCUAAAAUAAGGAAUUAUCGAGAUCAGAUUAACAAAUACUUUGACGAACGUGAACAAACACUCCUUGAAACCAUUGCCCAGAUGAAAAACAUGGCUGAAAAACUCCUAAACUCACUGAAACCAAAAUGUGACAACCUUAAGACCCAGGUCGAUGAAAUUAAAGCAAAACUAGCGGCGCAAGAGAACAACAAUAGCCUGUUAUUUAUUGAGGCCCAUAUAUCCAAAAGCUUGCUGGAGGGACUGCAAUUAAGUCUUGCUGAGAUUAAGAAGAAGAAUACGAUACAACAGUAUCAGAUUAGGAAAGACCCCGCAACUGAAAGUUUGCUCGGUUCCAGGACAGGCCUAGGCACUUUCGAAGAGAUUGAUACUUCACAAAAGCUAGGUCAGAGAUGUGAGCAUUCGAGGAGGUCCACAUCACAAAGUGAAGGCGAGAAGAUACGUGCAACAUCUGAUCCUGCUUCCAACGUAAAAGCAGUUAGGAACGAGAAUACCACUUCAUCUGAUGCUGCUUCCAACACACAAGCCGUUGUCGACAUCCAGGCUACCCAAACAACCAAGACGUUCUCGGCCAAUACAGUUCCAGAACCACCUUUGAAUCCUAGUGGAACGCAAACAUCUGCAAAACCAAAACAAAAAACACAGAACAAAGUGAGCAAUGACCUGACCAGCCUGAAGUUCACAUCAACCCAUGACAUCCUAGUCGGGUCUUCAUCUGACACUAAGAACUGCUGCCUGAACGGCAUUCUCCUCCUGUCUGGGGACAGGCUGUUACUGAGUGACAAUUCAAAUGGAACAUUGAAAAUCGUAGACCUCAAGACAAGCAGUCUAAUGACCGAGGUCAGUGUACCAGGCAGACCAUGGGGCAUGUGUCACAUCCCUGGGGACAUGGUGGCUGUUAGUGUUUCUCAUAGUAUUCAGUCCUUUGAGACACGGGGGGAACUCAUCCUCGGGAAGAACAUCAAGGUGGAUGAUGAUUGUCGUGGUGUUGGUUACCACAACGGUAGUUUAAUUAUUUCAUUUCACAGCGGGAAGAUUCAGAAGAUUGAUAUGGAAGGGAAAGUAUUGAAAAAAAUGUCAAAUAUGUCGUUUAAAAACCCUUGGUACUUGAAAAUAGUCGGUGACGAUCAGACAGCAGCCAUAUAUGUGUCCGACUUAAGGAAGUUCGAAAUCACUAAGCUGGACAUUAACUUGAACAUUCUCGAAACAUUCAAGCACCCCGCUCUACGUGGACCAACAGCUAUCACUGUAGUGGGAAACCAGCUGAUAAUCUGUGGUUAUGCUAGUGACAAUAUAAUGUGCCUGGACCUGCCCAGUGGCAAGAUGACCCAGCUACUGGGGAAGGAGGAAGGGAUAGCGGCCCCAUCCUGUGUCUGCUACAGUGAGCAGCAGAACAAGAUGUAUGUUGCCCUCUGGACACGUGGGAAUGCCGACAAUUAUGUUAAGGUGUAUGAUACAACAUCAAAAUUGAAGUAGACAUAUUUUCUUUGAAUAAGCAACAGGGUCAAGUUAACAACUAUGCACUUACAUUUCAACAGAACUACAGAAUGUUUGUUCCUUUAUAUACAUAUGUAUGUUUCCUGUGAUUGUUGUGAACAUUAUAAUAGUAUGCUGUUAAGAGAUAUUAUCACUACUUAUACUAUUAUUAUUAUUUAUUAUUAUUAUUUAUUAUUAAACUUAUUUUUAUUAUUAUUAUUAUUAUUAUUAUUAUUAUUAUUAUUAUUAUUAUUAUUAUCAUUUUUAUUAUUAUUAUAGGAAAGAAUCUU